GGGUCAAGGUUUCCUACCAUCGGGGCCAGAUAAAGGCCCUACUUGCCCAUCAAACGUAAAUGAACGGCUGAGAUUUCGCAGAGUCACGGGACAAAAUAGGUCAGAUACCAGAUCAACCUCCAUCCCAUCGUACGGCUCUUAUACCUCCACAUCAGCAACUCUUCUCUUCGUACAUAAAGAGGUAACCGCACCGGGCAGUGCGACUAUGCUAAUCUCGCUGUCCGACCAGUAAAUUUUAUAUCCCCAGAUUACCCCCUAUCUCCCUUAGCAGUUAUCCCAAACGGUACCCGUUUAACCGCCAUAAUACGGGUUAAAACAGUAAUUACACACAAAAAUUUUAAACAAGUGCGGCGUUCGUCGCGGGAAACCCUAGUUUUACCGGAAGUGAGCGGUUACCUUGGUGUACGAGUAACAUAGGGUCACCGGUCAUACCCGGUGACGGAGCGCGGGUACCGAAGAGCUCUACUCUUAUAACAGCUACCCACCUUCCUUUCCCCUUCCGUGCUUCCCAAGAUAAAGCUAACCAAAACCCUAGUUUCUCUCUCUAUAGCUCUUAUUUCUCUCUCUAAAAAUGAAGACCAUUUACCCUAAAGGGAAGGGCAGGAUACACCCCUCCCCGGCGCCGCCGUCCAACGGCGCCGGCGAUGCUAUGGCGAUAUUAAGGAUCUUGCCCGCUACUAUACUGACGAUGAUUGCGGUGCUGAGUAACGAGGACAAGGAGGUGAUGGCGUACCUGGUGGCGAGGUCUGUAAGUGGUGCUGGGCUGGGAGAGGAGCGGCCGCGGCGGAAGGGGGUUCAUCCUCCGGCGCUUGAUUGUGGCUGCUUCGUUUGCUACACUAGCUUUUGGUCACGAUGGGACCGAUCGCCCCAGCGCGAGGUCAUUCACCAGGCGAUAGAGGCGUUUGAGGAGCAUCUUGCGGCGUCUGAGCGGGCGGCCGGUGGUAGUGCGCGGUCUCGACGGAAGGAUCGUCGUGAGAAGGGGAAGAAGGGGAAGGGGAAGGAGAUCAAGACGGUGGAGGACGAAAAGAGGGUUGUUGAAGAGCAUGUGAACGUUGGGGAUGGCGAUGGUGUUGGCAGUACAUCGGUAGAGGAGGGGAAAGAAACAGAGAUGGAGGACGGAGUGGGCGAGGUGGAGGAGGGGAUGGAAAGCACGGCGGCGAUGGCGGUGGUGCCGGUGGUGGCCGGAGAUAAGAGAAAGGAUUGGGCGGACGUGAUGGGAAGUGUUGUUUCUCGUUUAUGGAGUCUUUGGAGUCCGGGUGACUGAAAAGCUCGGAGAGAGAGAGAUUGGAAAAAAGGCGAGGCGAAGGAAUUAUGAAAAAUACGAAAAAUGGGAUAAAAAUAUGGUGUGUGUUUCUAUCUUUCUCUUUUUCUUUAUUUGUAAUUUUGUAAAUUCUUUUUUGUUUUUUAAGCUUUUUUUCCGGUGGUUUUGGUCGUCUCGCCGGUGAAUAUUUCUGGAAAUUUUUUUUGGAAAUGUUCCUUUUUUUUUUGUUUAUUUUAAUUUUUGGUUUAGUUGGUAGUGAAGUGGCCUUUAAAGCUGAAAUGACGAACAAUUAGGAGAUUGA